GCUUUGAAAUUCCUUCGCUUUCGCGCGCUGCACGAGCGCCCUCUAGACAAUCAGGUGACUGCUGUCAUUAAUAGAGUCAUAGCUCUUUGCGACGUUAAAAGCAGGCGGCCUCCAUCUGUCCAGAAAGGACUGCACAACGAUGUCUGUACGCUAAUAUAUAAUGCAGCAGUGUGUGGAAUGAUUGCACAUAAAGGCCGAAGAAACACCCUUUCUAUGCCGUGAACCUGUAAUGUGUUUGCCAUUUGUGUUUUCAUUAUUACCGCGUUUUCUGUUUGAUCGUUUGUUCGGGCGUGGGUUACGUUCAUUUUGCUUAAUGUGGCCUGCUUACCCAACAAAAAGGCUUGUGACAAUUUGGCGAUGAAGUUGCAGUCAUUCGUGCUGGAUUGUUGCUGGUGUCGUGGUAACGGCUCCUAGGUCUGCUCUAGGGCGUACGGCCUAAAGAGCAAGCCAAUUAGUUCGCCUGUCUAACUACAACUGGCAGGUGUAGUGCAGUUUCGACCAGUAACGAUCCUACGUCUAGGUCGACUGACGGCUCAAGUCAGCAGCCUUCAUCGGGGCCCCCAAGUUCGCACCAUCACUCGAUUUCGAUCGUCGGCGGUGACACAAUGGCGCUUAGUAGCCAGCUCGUUGUCCCCAUGACCAUCUGGGGUAGGCGGGCACCUGCACACUCAAUCUGUUGCGUAGUGCUAACUAAAGACAACACCACUCUGGUUACGGGAAGCCAUGAGGGACAGCUUUGCAUUUGGGAUGAUUGCGACGGGCAAUUGAUCCCGCGCUCCAUGCUCCAUGGACACACAUCCAAGGUGGCAUGCUUGGCCACGGAACUGAACACGCUAACGAAACAACAACUCUUGGUGUCAGCGUCCGAAAGCGGUGAGAUGUCCCUGUGGGAUAUGAAUGACUGCAGAUGUGUCGAGGCAGUCAAACUGCUACAGGUGCACACAGAUAUCCGGGCUUACACUUUAACGGGUUCGGAAAUCCCUCGUUUGUUCUGUUGUGGCCAUUACGCCGAGAUAAUUGUUAUGGAUAUGGUCAGUCUUUCAGUACUCUUCACCCUGAGUUCUCGGGUGGAUUCGGACUGGAUUGCGGCCAUGGAUAUUAUCCAUCCCGUCAAACGCAAUGACGAUAUCUUGGUGGCUCUUAGCUCUACGGGCUACAUGAAGGUGUGGCGUGUAGACGAAACGGAAGCACUUGCUACAGGGCGGGUCCUUUUUGAAGGCGAGUCAAAGCCUAUCGACUGCUAUCAUGCCGUAUGCCUUUCAUGCUGCAUGUAUAACCAACGCACCGUUUUAAUUGUGUGCCCGCUUGCGUGGCACGUUUACGACGCUGGUGAUUUUUCUCAUCUUUGUUCACAAGAAGCUUACAAUGGCGAACGUUGGACCGGAGGCCGUUUUCUGGCUGUCGAUGUGGUUAUUUCGUGGACUAACACUGGCAAAGCCUAUAUCUACCGGAUCCCGCAGAAGGCGGUGCCUGAAACGGCCAAAUUCCGUACUGUCAAUGUCGAAAAGCCUCGAUGUAUUUCUGUGCUACAGGCGACAGCUGAGCCAAAUCUCGUUCAUUCACCGGCCACAGAUUAUUUUCUAAUUACGAAGAGUUCCCUGCAGAAGUACCUUAUUCAGGGCGACGCUAAUGGCGCCAUUUACCGGUGGCAUCUGCAUGAACUUCCGGAACUAAGCAAUGUGAGAGAGCAGCCUGUGCUCAUUCAUCCAGCGUACAGUACAUCGCUUCAGGCGAGUUGGGACCAGCUAAAUCCACCGCCGGUCGGCUUGCUCGACGGACUCGAGCUUCCGGGCGAACCCAAUGCAGCCAUUACUGCCAGUGCAUUUUUACCGAUUCAGGGACAGCUGGCGUGUGGCCGAUCCGAUGGCUCCAUCGUCAUUAUAUCUGUAAUCCGCUGUGUGAUGGCGCAGGUGCUCUGGGGCGGGCGGCAGUUAGGCGCGGGCCGCGGUGUGCUAACCCUUGAGGGUCAUCAGGGCCGAGUGACAGCAUUGCUCUACCCACACAACGUGAACGCCCGCUACGACGUUGCCCAUCUGGUGUCAGGCGGGGUCGACUUCUCCGUAUGUUUGUGGGACCUCUACAGCGGAACUAUGCUCUAUCGUUUUUCGGUACACUCGGGCGAAAUUACGCAACUGCAGGUGCCACCCGACACGUGCAACCAACGUAUACUGCAGUGCAUUUGUAGCACAGCCGCUGACCACGCCGUAGCUCUGCUUCAUCUCCGGGACCGCAAGUGUAUUUUAUUGGCAUCGCGCCAUCUAUUUCCUGUAACAGCAAUCAAGUGGCGACCACUCGACGAUUUUAUGGUGGUCGGUUGUUCCGACGGAUCAGUGUAUGUUUGGCAAAUGGAGACAUGCCACCUGGAUCGGGUUGUGCAAGGCAUGAUGGCCGAUGAUAUCCUAAGCGCAUGUGAUGAGCAUGCCAGUAGCUCAACUGGUGACAAGAUCUCUAAUCCGGCUCUACAUCUGUUGCGCGGUCUGCGACAUCGUAACAUGGCGGCAAUUAAGCACGCUGCUCAGCGUGGCCUCGUCCAACUACAUCACACGCUCGAGGCCCAUAACCAGCGAUUAAACGACCCCACGCUGCGCUUCCGCGCACACCCGCUUGUCAUUCAAGGUCUGCGCAGCAGCCAGGCUGGUGGGCCUCUACCAGCUACCGGAUCCGGUUUCACCGGUAGCAGCUGUGGCCAACAGCAAGAUAGUCAUGUGUUCUUCUUUGAUAUCGAGGCACUGAUCGUUCAGUUGUUGAGCGAAGAAUACGCACAGAUGACGCCCGGUACACUUGAAUCCCAUGGGCUAAUAAAUCAGACGGAAUACGACAAGUACUACAGUUUGGCAUCGUCGCCUGAUGCCAACAAGAAGUUAGCUGGGUUUAUAGCGAAGGUCAAGGACACCGCCGAGUCCGCUGCAUCUAAGAUUCAAGCUACUGCACAAGCAACCGCGGAGAGCGUCGGCAUUAAGGCAGCCGCCGCCCCCGAGGCCAAAGGCGAUAAAGAGUCGCCGGCAUCGAAGCCGGGUGGCUUUAUGUUCGCCGAAACAAAUCAAACAAUGCAGGUGGCGCAGCUCCUUCUCUCGCAGCUGCACGCUUGGGGCUUGGACAUCGGCCUGGAUCAGAUGUGCCAGGCCAAGCUAGGUCUGCUUUCACCCAUCAGGCCAGCACAUUUUGGCCUGCUUUCGCGCAGCGGGCACAUGGCGCUGUUUCUGCCAACACAUAUGUAUAAACUGUACCCGGCUAAAAUACUUCAGACAGAUGCGGCUGCCAAUGUUACGGGUAACAAGUUCAGCGAGUCUGGGCGCUCUGUAACGUUAGCGGUCGGGAAAGAGAUCCUCAUAGAGGAAGAACGAGCUAGACGCUUUGCGGCACGUGGCCAUUGGGAGAUGGCUAAAGCCAUCACUACAAACCAUUUACUAAGUCUGAUUUCACUCGCAAACACGCUCAUGUCUAUGAACAGUGCGACGUUUAUAGAUGAACAAGAGCGGCGACGGAAACUCAAUCGAAAGUUGAGUCGUGCCGACAGCCGAGUUGGCUCUGAGCCCUUUCGGGAGGCUACUCAGGCAGCGAACAAUCAACAGGAACUUAUUAAAGAGAGCUGGAGCAAGCUCGCAACUCACCAUUGUGUUCUCCUUCCAGAGCUAGUCAAGAGCAGCUACUACAAGCGGCCACAACUUGAGAUGUUGGCCAGACGCUGGCAAGACCGGUGCCUUGAGGUUCGGGAGGCAGCGCAGGCGCUGCUGCUGGCCGAACUCCGGAGCAUCGGAAGCGAAGGUCGACGGAAGGUCAUAGAAUCAUGGUCACUCUUUCUUCCAAACUAUGGCGAGCAUCAACUUCCGCCUUUGCCUGGACAACCUGGCCACCCGGGAGGCGCUCCACUUGCCCAGCACCAACAACAGCAACCAGCUGCUGGUGGACCAAUGGGCGCCGCCAGUGGAGGUGUAACACAGGAGGAUGCCGAAGAGUCGGAUGACGAUGAGUUUGCCGAGGACAGAAUGAAACUUCUGUCAGCUGUGACAGAAGCUAAACGUAAACAAUCAACAGCUGUCGUUCUCCUAGCCGUCAUCGGAGCGACAUACGGCAGCUUGGAACUCGAACGACGAACUGUACCGCCUUCUUCGAGAGAAGUUUCCCUCACGCGACACACGGCUCAGGCGCUCAGUUAUUUGCUACUCAGUCCGCCAAGCAAUCAGUUGCCCGCGCAUACGUCUUUGCGACGUGCCGCCAUCGACCUGAUCGGACGCGGAUUCACCGUGUGGGAAAGCCAUCUCGACGUCACCCGCGUACUGAUCGGUUUGCUGGAUCUGUGCUGCAAGUCGGAUCGGCUCGUGCCGACGAUGUUUUAUGGUUUACCGUUAACGCCUCCGGCUGACUCAUGUCGGUCGGCGCGUUAUUCUCUAUCGCUGAUAGCGUUAGCACGGCCUCCGGCUUUUAUAGCGACGCUAGCUAAAGAAGUGCACCGCUACAACGCCCUGGCGCAGAACGCCCAGACGCUGCCCACAACAUUAUCGCAGACGGUGCUUCACCGAGCCAAGCCUGAAAUUUUGCGUGUGGUCGAAAUGCUCAUUGAGCGCUCACAGGGCGACGUCCACGAUAUGCUGGUCGAAGUAAUGGAUAUUGUGCUGCACUGCCUUGACGCAUCACAGCUGAAAAUGCGCGGGCUUAACGAGCUGUUCCCACCGCUAUGCCGCUUUCACAACGUUACGCACUGUGGGGCUACUCGCCGGAUCGCUGUCGGUGCGCGUACCGGCAACAUUGCCUUAUACGAACUUAAGGCAGCGCGCUGUCAAACAAUUCCAGCGCAUGCCAACCCUGUGACGGCAUGCGCAUUCUCGCCCGAAGGCAAAUACCUGGCAUCGUAUUCGGCUGGAGACAACAAGCUGUCGUUCUGGCAGACGGCCUCCGGCUUGUUUGGACUAGGCAACGCGCAAACAAAAUGCCUGCGAACAUGUAACGCACCACCGCCGCCUGAAUCGGCGCAAAGCAAUCCACUGAAGAUGGCUCGCCUUGUAUGGCCCACCAACAAGUUUGUCAUUUUAAUGCUUGCCGACGGAACCGAGACACGUUUCUCGCUUUAAAUCUCGGUCUAAGUCGGUAGCGCGCUUCUCUCCUAUUGAAUUCGGUUGUUUUCGUGUGCGGUUUGUCGUCUGUUAAUCGGUUCUUUUUUCACUGACGAUCCUGGAUGGGUGUCACGAGCCUCCUAUUCCUCUUUGGAAAGGAACUCGGAAAAAACGUUUCUUGCAUGUAUUUGCUGCUACUACUACUGCAACUACUAUUACUCCUGCAACGACUACUUCGACGAAACAUUGCAGUCAUUAAUAAUACUUCAUAACGAUAUAGUUAGCUCUAUAUUGAUUUAGCAUCGGCACAAAAGCAACAUUUGCAGCGAUUUUGUGCAUGCAUAAUAACAGCGACAGAGGGCAGCAUAAUAAUCAUAUGGCAUAAGACGUCGCCAGUGAUGGCAUAAUCCCUGCAACGUGUUCAGCUGGCGCAUUCUUUGUGCUAUAAUGAUUAAAACCAUUACAUGCAGUUACUGCGAUUGCAUUACUUUUCGCUCUAUCCGACGGGUUCCGUAUCGCACGUCUUUAUCAGAGAACAUGGACGAACACUCAACAGAUACUCAAGGCUCAGUAGAGAGACAGAGAUAUCUAGAAAGGAAGGUGAACAGACAAAAAUCUUAAUAAAAAAAAAAGACAAAUCUUAACGUAUCAGACUGGCAAUGCAGAGGAUGGAAAGGGGAACAGACUCUACGAUAAGGCUACUGCGCGUUAACAUUAUAAACAUCUGGGACACCAACAGUCUUCAUAUAAAAAAAGCGAAACAAAUAGCUUAGAUCUAUAUAUAUAUAUAUAUAUAUAUAUAUAUAUAUAUAUAUAUAUAUAACAGCGAAACGAUUUGAGCUCACUAGACCCAAUGGUACAAGGAAGCGGUUCAUGGGUCAAACGCUUACGAUAAUUACAUCGACAGUAACAAUAUAGUGUUUUAUAGUCGUACAAAUAUCCAAGCAUGAACUUCGCAAUUUUUACUCUGAAUCGCAUUUGCAUGAAUAACAGCUGCAGUAAAAGUUCAUUGGUUUUGCUGAAUCAGCAGCAUCGGCAUCGGUAACCGUGCGAAGGUGCGAAACGCGCAAAUUAACUUGUACAUUCUGUCAGUUUAUCUAUUCACUACUGACAUUCUGCUGUCGGCAGUCGUUCGAUGAGCAACAUGUGAACGAGGGACAUGCUGAUGAUGUAGUGUCUCCAGUCGUUAUCGUUCUGUCCGGUGUCGAUAUGCUCUACAAGACGAUCACGCUGGAAGCAACUUUCGGUGUCUUGUGUUUUUCGGCUGCUCCGUGUGUUCAAUAGAAUUUCAUUCUGACUACCUUUUCUUUUGAUCGGCAGAGUGGAAAUGGCAGCUAGAUGGUAAAUUCUUACAUCAGACGAAUUUGUAGAAACAGAAGAACGAUUAACUAAGGCCAUUAAAACCCUGCAAUGCAAAAUUAAGUGACGUGUGAAGUGCGACUGAAAAGUUACUUGAGCAUAUUCUGUCUACUUAAGCAAAUUACGAACUUCUCGCUUUAAUGGCGUGGAACAUUGAACGGAGAGAGCGGUAGUUUUUUGCAUAGCAACCCCGCUUAAACUUUCCCUGGCCUCUAUUCUGCACAGCAGCAGCAGAAACAGUGCGAAAAGCAAUAAGAUAUGAGCAUAUCUACUUUGUACAUUCUAACGAUUAAUGAGCAACAGUUAUAAUAUUGUGGGAAAUUUCUUUUAACUCGUGCUGGCUAGCGCGCGUAUGUAGGCCUGGACGUUGCGGCCUCUGCGGACGUUGACCCAAUCCAACAGCAAUCCGACGUGCGAUACAUGAAACAUUCUGCAAAAACGAGUGCUUUAAUCUGUCCAUCAUAUUCUUUACAUGUGUUUAUUGCCUACCGGACCGCUGGCAUGUCGAUCUUUUUAUGUUUACCAUUACCACAAGGUACGAUCAUUACUGUUAUUAGUAUUAUCAUCUCUAAUAGAAUUCGAAAGCGUUAUAUAUGAAAUUAAUCCGAAUAAUAUAUGGAAGCGUUCGAAAGCAUUUUAUUUGAACACUACGACAGUGGUGCGUCACGAUAUUGCGAGAAGAUGUGCAAAAUACGUUGACUCAUUAUCGAACGCAAUUUAGAACGUUGGCAACGUGCCGCGCAGUCUCUUCUUUACACGGGGCUUCUAUCGACGAUGUGCGCCUGCUACAGAAAUGCAGUAUGCAGUGUUGGCGCAAGGUACUAAUAGCGUAUGUCAAUUUCAGAAACGUCUUGAAUGCUUAGCUGCUGCAUAAUCUAUUUGUGUUCCAUGACAGUAUCAAAGAGAAGGUGGUUUUUCUGGCUUAUCGACACACUCAGUGAUACAGGUGCGAAAACUCAACUCGCAUGGAUCUUUGGGCUCAAAGACUGAACGACCAUGGCGCACAAUUUGCAGUUUAUUUGCGCGAGGAUUUACUAGCUACGAAUCGUAUCUCACGUCGGUAUAAUACAUCAUAACAGAUUUUCGAUAAUAAUACACAUUUGCGAAAACGAAAAAGAAACAUGUGAUCGGGCUGUAAUAGGUCAGCUUAUUCAUAUGAAGAUAAGAGAGAGAGAUAACUGAACGACCAACCAGUAAUUUAAACUGCUAAACAACGAAAAGCUAGAAACGAAUAUGCGCGGUUCAAAAUCACUAUGGAAAUCGCUUGAUAUUGAAGAACACCAGAAGUAAGAGAUCUUGAUAAAAUAAUCAGAUGAAGCGAUAGUUAAAAUGAUGACCGUAAGAGAUCUGAUAAAGCCGUGAACAGCGAUUGUUAUGAUAAGCUAACGUUCUCCAGUAGUGAGGCGACAAAAUUUGGGUGGGCCUUGACCUUUUUUACGACAUGAAAAUGCGGUGCGCCAAAGAUUCUCGAACACUAGUCAGGCAGAGGUAAAACUCGCCAGGGUGAUGAGAUUGAAUGGAAGAAGCGAAGAUUACGACGAUUAUUAAAAAUAAUGAUAUUAGCGAAACACGUGUGCGUCAAAUGACAAGUGGCUGGUACACGAAGAUCGGUUUUCUGAGGGCUCAGUGUUUAAAUGUGAUGUGAUGCCCGAUUGCCCGACAACAGUUGGCUGCUGUUAACGAUUGACCGCGCAUUUUGAAGUAAUCUGAACAGUGGAUUCCUGCCGUUAUCGUCCUAGCAGACGACACGUCUUUCGACCUCCUCCUUUUACGCAUUCUUCCUAAUCACUUUUCUGUGAAAUUAACGCAAGGUUGUUAGGUUUAUUGUUUAUUUUUUCAAGGUUUUUGUUUGUCGUUUUUACACUUGGUUGUUUGCUCUGAUUAGGCGUGAAAUUUAGGCGCAUCUUAACUUUAGUAAUGAUCCACGUAGCUAGCGUGCUAUAGAUUAUGAUCAGCCUCCCUGUCCCUUUAAAAAAAAUUAGCGAGAAAAAACAUUAUCCCAUGAACUUUCUCAACGCUGUCUUCUAAUUUAUAUUAUUAUAUAUUAUAUUAAAAACCAACACAUAGACCAACAUCAAAUCAAAAUAAAAGCUCAAUUUACCAUUGGAUCCAAACGUUGACCUUUAGAAAGUUAAAUUUGUCGUGUGCUGAGCUGUAAAAACGUUACAAGAUGCCAUUCAUUAAAUCAAUGAUGAUCUACAGGACUGCGUUUUGAAAAUCAUGAGAGAUUUUUCAUUCACUGUUGGAAGUUGAGGCAAGCCAAAAUUUCUCUAGUGGGAAUUUGAAUACGAUCUGUGCGUAAUAUAAUAUGAGGCGACUUGGCCACCUAACAGUUUCGAAAAGAAACUUGACGGUAAAUAGCCGACGGAAGAUACUAGGACAGUAGAAACAACACUGAAUGAAAUUGUUUUAUCAACGUGGGACUUGUUAUUACGAGCUUUAUCGUUAUUGCUACUCUAUUUUACUGCGUUAUGCCCACCAUUAUUACUAAUUCUUACUGGAAAAAGGUAACUAAACGAUUAUAUGACUACUAUAUAUUAUUAUAAUGCAAAAUAGUAAUAAUAAUAACAAUAAUUAUUAUUAUUGCUUUGCAUUAUAGUUUCCUAAUCGUAUAUAGAAUAUAUGCAUCUGUAAGGUUCAUAAAACGUUAGCUUAGUUGCAUUAUACAUUAUUAACAAUGGGGGCCCAACGUAUAAGAAAGAAUAUAAUAAGAAACAUUAUAGAAACAUGAAACAUGAUAAAGUAGAAGCUAAUGAAUGACUCUGACGGCUACAGAAAUGGAAAAAAAUGUUCACGUUAGAAGCCAAAUUCACAUUAGCUUUAAGAUGUUGAUCAAAAAAGAAACUUCAAAAAUUUAGCUAGUAGUAUGUUUAAAUAUGUGAAUGUUCGAGGCUAUGAUAAUUCACAAACAUCGAUUAUGAUAGUAAUAAUAACAACAAAUCAAACCAGUGCAUGAACAAGUGCACAACAACAACACCUGGCCAUAUUGUUGUAAUGUUUAAUUUAAAUCAUAUGUAAGAAGUAGUUAGGCUAAAACAUUGUUCCUCGCGUGUAGAGAUAAGUUAGAAAAGAUAUCAAAAAUGCGAAAAUAUUAUAAAAAUGAAUGCCGACAAAAAGAGAAAUCCCUAUACGAGUUCGAGACGACGACAACAACAACAACAACAGAAACAACAAAACUAAUUAUGGGAAAACAUGGCUGACAAAGGUCUGAAGUAAUUAUUCUAUGUAUACCCUAGACACGAUCCGUUAGAAUCAUGAUUGUUUUUUUAUCGUGUGCUUUAUACAACUUACUUAAUGGAAAAGGAGAUGGAUCACUUGCGUAAGGGGCUGCUACCACCUUUCGCUCUUCAUAUAGAAAUCAAUUGCCUAGAACAGAGGAAUUUUGAAUUACACCGUUACUAUAUGUUGUCACCGGCUGUGCCAUUGUCAUUGAUGAAUUAAGAAGAGUAUUUGCUAUAACUAUUAUUAAUGUAUAGUAGGAGUCCUAAAGGUGAUGAGGGGACUGUCGAAAUACAGAUGGCGAUGUACAAUUCGAGAGGUGAAAAAAUGUGAUUAUUCGAAGAAAGUAAAAAGAAUAAAAGUUAAUCACUAAGUUAAAAUACUGCCUGGAAAAAAUUAAGUGUUUCGUAUUGAAUGCAUUUGGGCUGUAAAGUUGCGUAUUAUCAACAUAAUGGGCUCAGCAAAAAAGAAGGGAAGGUGGACCUAUAUGGGAGAAGAGAUAUAUGAGCCACUCCGUUGUUCUAUAGUAAGAGAACGUUAAUUUUAAAUUUCAAUACUGUUAAAGUUCGGAGUUUUUCGGUUCACAGGUUUGAUUCAAUUCGCGUUAUUGGAUUUUUUCUCUGACCGAUCUUAAAAAAAUUAAGAUGCAUGAAAGGACAACGAUUUUUUUCGCAAAUUUUCAUCGGACUUUUGUUGAACUAGAAAGAAGCAAAAUAAGCACCUUUUUCUGCCAAAGUAUUAGCGAUAAAACUCUAUCAAAGCAAUAUUUUCGAAGAGAAACUAAAAACAUGUUGCACCCUAUAAAAAUUAUUUCGGUAAGAAUGUUACAUGCUUAUUCUAGGGCUGUUGUUCAAGCAUAUAUGACACCGAAUAG